AGAGUAGUGCAACUGCAGGCAGCAUCACUCACACUUUCACGCAUACAGUCAACAGUGUGUCAGCUUUCCCAGAAAAGCACUCUUCAAACAUCUCCAUACCACCUUUCCUACUCUCUCUUACUCUCAUCUCCGCUUCUUCUUCUUCUUCUUCUUCUUCUUCUCCUGCUGCUUCUUCUUCCAUGGAGCUUCAACUUUUCUUCUUCGUCUUCUUCUUCUUUUUCUACAUAGUUUCAUCCAACUCUCUCAUUGAUUCCCCUUCUUCUUCUUCUUCUUCUUCGGAUGUUGAGCUUUUGUUGAACAAGAUCAAGCCUUCGCUUCAAGGCAGCUACUCGGAUAAUCUCCUUCUAUCUUCGUGGAACACCUCUGUGCCACUCUGCCAAUGGCGGGGCCUUAAGUGGGUCUUCUCUAACGGCUCUCCUCUCCUCUGCACUGACCUGUCCUCUCCUCACUGGACCAACCUCUCUCUCUCCAAAGACCCUUCUCUCCACCUUCUUUCUCUUCAGCUCCCUUCUGCUAAUCUGACUGGCUCACUUCCCAAGGAGCUCGGGGAGCUUUCUGCGCUCCAGAGCCUCUACCUCAAUGUCAACUCGCUCACUGGGACUAUCCCUUUGGAGCUCGGUUACAGCCCUUCUCUCUCCGACCUCGAUUUGGGGAAUAAUCAGUUGAGUGGAGCUCUCACCCCGGCGAUUUGGAACCUUUGUGACCGGCUCGUUUCUCUGAGGCUUCACGCCAAUGGGCUAUCUGGGUCUGUGCCAGAACCUGUUUUACCCAACUCCACUUGCAAUAAUUUGCAGUUUCUUGAUUUGGGUGACAACCAGUUUUCCGGGUCGUUUCCGGAGUUUGUCACCAGGUUUGAUGGCCUCAAAGAGCUUGAUCUUGGGAACAAUUUGUUUUCUGGAUCGAUUCCGGAGGGUUUGGCCAAGUUGAAUCUUGAGAAAUUGAACCUUUCGUACAAUAAUUUUAGUGGAGUGUUGCCAGUUUUUGGUGAAUCCAAGUAUGGAGUGGAGGUCUUUGAAGGGAACAAUGCUGGGCUUUGUGGGUCUCCUCUGAGGAGUUGCAAGAGCAACUCAGGAUUGAGCCCCGGGGCAAUCGCCGGGAUUGUGAUCGGUUUGAUGACCGGAUCAGUAGUCCUAGCUUCAUUACUAAUUGGGUAUGUGCAGGGGAAGAAGAGGAAGAGUAGGGGAGAAAACGAGGAGGAAUUCGAGGAAGGCGAAGAUGACGAAAAUGGCAGUGGAGGAAGUGGAGAUGGGAAGCUUAUCCUGUUUCAGGGAGGCGAGCAUUUGACACUGGAGGACGUGUUGAAUGCAACGGGGCAAGUGAUGGAGAAGACGAGCUACGGGACAGUGUAUAAAGCAAAGCUUGCAGAUGGAGGGAGCAUUGCGUUGAGGCUACUGAGGGAAGGCAGUUGUAAGGAUAGUAAUUCGUGUUUGCCGGUGAUAAAGCAAUUGGGAAGGGUUAGGCAUGAGAAUUUGAUUCCAUUGAGAGCUUUCUAUCAGGGGAAAAGAGGGGAGAAGCUUCUCAUCUAUGACUAUCUGCCCAACAGAUCCCUCCAUGACCUCUUGCAUGAGACUAGAGCAGGAAAACCAGUGCUGAACUGGGCUCGGCGACACAAGAUUGCAUUGGGUAUAGCCAGGGGGCUAGCAUUUCUUCAUACAGUUGAAGCACCUAUUACUCAUGGGAAUGUGAGAUCCAAGAAUGUACUUAUAGACGAAUUUUUUGUGGCCAGGCUUACCGAGUUUGGGCUUGACAAAGUAAUGGUUCCAUCUGUAGCAGAUGAAAUGGUGGCACUUGCAAAAACUGAUGGUUACAAGGCACCAGAGCUUCAAAAGAUGAAGAAAUGCAAUUCCAGGACAGAUGUUUAUGCAUUUGGGAUACUGUUGUUGGAGAUAUUGAUAGGAAAGAAGCCUGGGAAAAAUGGAAGAAGUGGUGAUUUCGUGGAUUUGCCCUCAAUGGUCAAAGUGGCUGUUCUAGAGGAGACCACCAUGGAGGUUUUCGAUGUGGAAGUUUUGAAGGGAAUAAGGAGUCCAAUGGAGGAAGGGUUGGUUCAAGCAUUGAAGCUUGCAAUGGGUUGCUGUGCUCCUGUAGCUUCAGUUAGACCCACAAUGGAUGAGGUUGUGAAGCAGUUGGAGGAGAAUAGACCAAGGAACAGGUCUGCUUUGUACAGCCCCAGUGAAACAAGGAGUGAAAUUGGUACCCCCUUUUGAACCUCAUUUUUCCACAUUUUCAGCAAAUUAAGAGUUUUAAUUAUUUUACUAUCUGUUUCUCAUUAAGGAGGGAAUUGUGGUGAUGGUGAUGAUGUUUAUUCCCAUGGAGGUUGCAUUUCUGAGAAUGGGAAUCAAUUUUCUCGUGCUCUGCUUGUAAUUCAUGACAUUCAACUCUUAGACACAGUAUUUCUGAAUAUUAGGAAUAUGCACAAAACAAAUGUGUAUGUUUGAUUAAGAGGCUGUUUAGCAUCAUGUUUCAUCACUUUGCUUGCAUUGUGAAAAUAGUAUAAGAGUAACUAGGGAGAUGUUGUUUACUAGGGAAAUGCUGUUUACUUUUGUAUUUAAUUCUGUAAUGUGCAUUAAGCAGUGGAAGAUGAUUCAGAUAA